AUGCCGAGCAUUAGAAGUCAGACCGACCGGCCAGGGGAACGAGACCGAGACGAAGUGAACGUUAUGCAAUGCUUUAUUCAAUGCCCAGCAUUGGAAGUCAGACUGACCGGCCAGGGCCGCCUCCGAAGACCGCGACCCCUCCCCGAUCUCACAGGAUCCCGACGGAGGCGGCUUCUUUUGAGGCCGUGGCAGAAAGAGGCUCUGCAGGCCUUGUUCCAGCAGAACCGGUACCCUGGCAUCACCACCAGAGAACGACUGGCCCAAGAGCUAGACAUUCCAGAGUCCAGGAUCCAGGUUUGGUUCCAGAAUGAGCGCACGAGACAGCUCAGGCGGAGCCGAUUGGCACCUGCAAACUCCCAAGUGGAAGGGCCAUCGUGUGGACAGGAACAGCCUCCAGAGGACAGGAGAAAACGGACCGCCAUUUCUCCAUCCCAAACCAGUCUCCUCCUUCAAGCCUUUGAGAAGAACCCAUUUCCUAGCAUUUCCACCAGAGAACACCUGGCCAGACUCACAGGACUCCCGGAAUCCCGCAUUCAGGUCUGGUUCCAGAACAGAAGAGCUCGGCACCCAGGGCAGAGCAGAAGUGGCCCCGCGAAUGACCGGGCGGCAAACCAGGAAGCCAGUCCUCACCUGACUGUCCCGGGGGACCCAGGCCCCCAGCCCGGUGUCCCCGAAUUCUCUCAGCUUCUGGCUCCUUCCAAUCCUCUGGGAAGCAUGCAGGCUUUUGCGGCAGCGACCCUUCCUGUCCUCUCCAUGGGCUUUGCCCCCCUGGUUUCCUGUGGGGGCCCUGGGAGCCAGGCCGUGGGGGCCACUAUGGCCCCGCCUACCCAAGCCUGGCAGGGAGGAAGCAACUCUCCCACUCCUAAAGCCAUGCGGAGCCAUUCCCCGAUGAGACCGACUCAGGGAGGGUGGCUUUCAGCUCGCCACGCCCGUCUUUGUCCCCUGACCCUAGGGGAAAGCCAGCGGCAACAGGAGCACACUGGCUUGCCACCCGUGCCCUUCCACGGCUAUCCCCUGCCUCCAGAUGACAAUCCUUGCCAACCCGUGCAGGAGGCAGGGCCCAUGGGUAGCCACUAUGCCCCGCAGUGGUUGGGCGAGGGGUCCCGACUUGUCUUGAGCACAGGACAGGCUCCGCAUGCAGCAGCUGGGCAGCCUGCACACGCUGAGACCCCUGGCUGGCGGUGGCAGGCACCCCCUGCUGCUGGGCUCCCUAGUGCACUGGACCCACAGCACCCACCUUCUGCAGAAGCCUCACGUUUCUUAGAGGAGCUUCUAUCAGCCACAGAGAGGGAGGAAGACACACAGCCUUUUCCGAGUGGGCAUCUGUGGCAGGGGGAGGCUCCAGGACCCUUGGAAGCACCCCUCAGUGAGGAAGAGUUUCAGGCCCUGCUGGCCAUGCUGCACGAUUCCACGUGGCCUCACGCCUAGGACCAGGGAGGCCUCGGCUUCCC